UACAGGACGAGCGUAUGGAACAGUUGGACAAGCGUGAACUGUGCGCUUUAUAGAUAAAAACUUGCACAUGUAGACACCUGGCGUGCGCGUCUACUAUGGGUCCACGGGCACGUUCAAGAUGCAAUGGAAUUGAUAAACGCGCCUUUCUUUUAAAUUGUAGUAGUAAUGUCAACUAGCGGGUGAGAAUGUUGAGAACAGUGCUGCAGACUCAAAUUAGAUUCGUUUAUUGGAUUGGCUGCAACAGAUUAUAGAGCUCCUGUUUCGAAGACGCGGUAUACGAGAAAGACGCGUAUAUUAUCUAAUAAUAUAAUUAUCUAAUAAUUGUACCCCUGUGGACGUCGAAAAAAAACAAGGGCAGCCAUGUUGACCACCUUAAUGGACGGCCUCCUCUGCUGCCUGACAGGGAAGUCGGCCAACGUCGUGGUUCCCAUAGAAACCUCGGAAGCCGCCGACGGCUACGAGUUCGUGGAGGUCAAACCGGGUCGUGUCUUGAGGGUCCGACACAUCAUCCCGGAGCGGGAGGUGGUGGACGAGCCCAGGGGCCCUGGGGGAAGCGUCCACCGUAAGAGGAAGAUCACAGUGUACCGUAAUGGGCAGCUACUGAUAGAGGACCUGGGCGACGCGGCGAGACAGGAGCUGUUACACGCUCAGAACGGAGACACACAACCCAACUGUACCGUAGAGGUGGAGCUUGCAGACCCAUCGUCCAAUCCAACUCCCACCGCUGACCCCAAAGCGGACAAGACCGGGUCAGUGGUUGGAACAGGGGGAGCGGCGACAUCUCCAGCCCCGACCCUCGGGUCAGCCCCAGAUCUGACCCAGCAGCCCCGGAAGCGGCGGCGGAAGCCCAAACGCACAGUGGUGAUUGACAGCGAGAGGAAGAUCACGUCGUGUAAGGGGACACACGCAGACGUGGCAGUGUUCUUCGUGCACGGCGUGGGCGGUUCCCUCGACAUCUGGGGCAGCCAGAUGGACUUCUUCUCCCGUCUGGGCUAUGAGGUCAUCGCGCCUGACCUGGCGGGUCACGGGGCGAGCUCGGCACCUCAGAUCGCGGCAGCGUACACGUUCUACGCCCUGGCUGAGGACAUGAGGGCCAUCUUUAAGAGAUACGCACGGAAGAGGAACAUCCUCAUUGGACACUCCUAUGGUGUGUCGUUCUGUACGUUCCUGGCCCAUGAGUACCCAGACCAGGUCCACAAGGUAGUGAUGAUAAACGGAGGAGGUCCCACAGCGCUGGAGCCCAGCCUCUGUUCCAUCUUCAACCUGCCCACCUGUGUGCUGCACUGCCUGUCCCCCUGCCUGGCCUGGAGCUUCCUCAAGGCUGGGUUUGCCCGUCAGGGUGCGAAGGAGAAACAGCUGUUGAAAGACAACAAUGCCUUCAACGUGUCCUCCUUCGUGCUGCGUGCCAUGAUGAGUGGUCAGUACUGGCCAGAGGGCGACGAGGUUUAUCAUGCAGAGAUCCCAGUGCCCAUCCUGCUGGUGCACGGCAUGUACGACAAGUUUGUUCCCAUAGAGGAAGAUCAACGCAUGGCGGAGAUCCUGUUGCUGGCCUUCCUGAAGAUAAUCAACGAGGGCAGUCACAUGGUGAUGAUGGAGUGUCCCGAGAGUGUCAACACCCUCCUGCAUGAGUUCUUCCUCUGGGAGCCUGACUCCCCACCCAAAUCUAAACCCUGUCCCGAAAUCGCCACCAAGAGACCCGAAACUGCCAAGAUCCCCACCGCAUCCAACGGAGGAGCAACGCCAGAAAGCAAAGCCAAUACCAAGUAACUCAGAAGGGGAUGUGUGGUAUUAACUCCAGUUAAAGCAGACACAGACAGUGUCCGAACAUUGCUGGUUGUCCUAGGCUAUGUCUCCAGAUGCAGGGAGCUGGUUUGAGCUGGUCUGGGCUGGUUGGAGCUGGUCUGGGCUGGUCUGGGCUGGUUUGAGCUGGUCUGAGCUGGUCUGAGCUGGUUUGAGCUGGUCUGGGCUGGUUUGAGCUGGUCUGGGCUGGUUGGAGGUGGUCUGGGCUGGUUGGAGCUGGUCUGGGCUGGUUUGAGCUGGUCUGGGCUGGUUGGAGGUGGGAUUUGAGGAGGUGGAACACAGCACACAGGGUCCGGCGGGCCCAUUUUUGGUCUGAGCCACAAAUGAAAGGAAGGACAGGAGAGCUGGCAGGUAUGGACGGACAGAGUGAUGUAUCAGAGGACAACAAGAUGGAGGUCUAUUGUAUUGUUCCUGGUCCUGUUCUGAUUUACUGACCCUGGCUGGGACUGGAGACAGGUGGGAGAGAACAUUUUUGAGAAGCUCUGAAGAGGUGCUGAGUUGGAGAGGAUGUUCAUGGUGAAUCUGGUUUUGGUUUUGGUUUUGUGUGUUGCUGCUUUGUUGUACCAGUACCCAGGUCUAGACUCAGUCCCCUGUGAUGGCUUGUCAGUUGCCCAACCGCGUGGAAAUGUCAGAGCAGAGGGUGGAUCAGAGAGGGAAAAAUAAUACAUUCGACGAGAUCAAGUGACACAGGGAACGUUGAUAGCCAAUAAGACUGCUUGUUAGGCCCAGACGCAGUCAGUACCAGCGCUAACCGGCCCAAACGGACAACUGCUGCAUAGCUGGUUCUUUUUUUUUUGUUUAGGCGAUAUCGGAGGUGUCUCUGCGUUGGAACUGUCACAUCUGUGAGCAGCUGCUCUCGUCGUCAUAGUCACACAACCACACCCGUUCUUAAAUCCCCUCCCUGCAUUAGGAGGUUCAGAAAUAAGGAGGAUUUCUAUCAGCCUUAAGAGGUGUAGAUUACAACACAUUCCUGUGUUCCAACUUGUAACAAGGCUGCAUGGGGUUAUUACUAAUCCAACUCGGCACAUCCAAUGGCAAUGUCCACGAUAGGUAGAACGCCAGGAGCCGCUUGCUGAUUCGACAGCUCCAACGCUGUUCCACCUCCGACAGGCAGAACUGAUCUGAAUCUAGCCCCCUAUACUACUCACGCCAACGGGUAGACAGAAACCCCAGAACUAACUUCUGUUUCCUUACAGUACUUCUGCACGUGGGGGUUAAAUGUUAUGUAUGACGAUCAACGGUGCUUUUUAUGAACUAGCCUACUACAUUUUAUUUAUGCUGCAUUCAUACAGUAUUUAAAAGCACUUCCCCGUCAGAAGGAUUACAACAGGCAGGCUAACUAUGUUAUAUCUAAAGAUGCACUAUAACAACUUUGAGGGACCGGAGUAAGACUCAUGUUUGACUGUCCUACAAAGUUUCCUUGUGUAUUUUAUGGGGGAAACAAAUAUGUUUCCUUAUUAGCUGCAGGUUACCUAGGAAACACACAGAGGCAGAUGUGUGUUUUGGACCCCUUUUAAGAAGGAGAAUUGUACUGAAUCCUAGCGUUCUAUUUCUCACCAAAACUAUGCUAAACAAUUAUGAUCGUUUGCGGGUUUUCCAGGUAGAAGUGAUAUAAGCUCUGAAAAUGAUAUUCAAACACCAAAAAUUGCUUACAACCUGAGCAUUCUUCAGUGCCACAUAGCCGGUUUUCUCUGUGGUGUAACUAGCAUCCCACUGAUAAGUGUCACAAAGACUGUGUUGAAUAACAGUGUAUUAAUUCAUACUGAAUCAAUCCCUAGCACUGAUGAUCUGCACUGCAGCGCUCUAGAAAAGUAAAGGCAAUAUUCCCACAUUCAUGGUAAAUACUGCAUAUGUUGGUUCAAUUGGAAAUGACCUUCCAAUUUAAGUUGAGCCACAGCGCGGAUCUUCAGUGCCACGGAUUGAAUUAACCCCUUACUCUUUAGCUGGGUGUGCACCAGUGGAGGCUGCCAAGGGGAGGACGGCUCAUAAGAAUGUCUGGAAUGGAGCAGAUGGAACGGCAUCAGACACCUGGAAACCAUGGAAACCAUGUGUUUGAUACCAUUCCACCCAUUCCGCUCCAUCCAUUACCACGAGCCCGUCCUCCCCAAUUAAGGUGCCACCAAAGAUGCCCUUUCACCUGUAUUCCACAGGACAGGCGAUCUCCUGUCCAAUAAGACUGUUACUGAAACUAUUUGGUUUAACUCUGGUCUUAGCACUGCAACAGUCCAGUUACUUCAAAACGAUCACUAUCCCAUUUCCGUUUGUCGAUCCCUCCGAUGUAGCAGUGCACAGCCCUCUGUUACUGUUGGUUAUGGAAAAGUCAGUGUCAGUGGAGGCUGCUGAGGGGAGGACGGCUUAUAAUAAUGGCUGGAACAGAGCAAAUGGAAUGUCAUCAAACACAUGGAAACCAUGGAAACCAUGUCAUUGUUGUAUUUGAUACCGUUCCACUGAUUCUGCUCCAGUCAUUAACACGAGCCCGUCCUCCUCAAUUAAGGUGCCACCAACCUCCUGUGGUCAGUAGGUCACCCACGAACAACAAUAUGCAUUUUGAAAACAUAACACUUAACAGGGCCGUGAGUAUACUUUUGAUAAAAUAUGCAACUUUUACAAGCAAGUAAUGAUGCUUAGAUAUGUAUUGCUGCUGAAAAAAUGAGUGAACAGGAGUGAAUUAAAUUGAGAAUUGAGUUCUCGCUAGUCAGAUGGGUUUAGCUUUAUGAUCCUCAGUCAUGUUCUCAGUGGAACAUCACUAAGUAUUUUAAAUCUGAAUGGUUCUGAAUCUGUGUCAACUAUCAGUAUCACAUUUGUGCCCUUGUGCGUCUUAAAUGUGUCACUGUGUUCGUUUUUGAUAUUGAUUGCAGCAAUGAAGUGCUGGAAGAAUGUUCAGUUCACCAAAAAUAAAAUAUGAGGAAUAUUA